AAUGCACUAGUGCGACAACAUGAUGUAUUUUGAUGAUGUAUUUUACCAUUGGCUCCUUUCUAAGUUUUGACAUUGGAGUAACGUCUCGAUAUCUCUGCACCAGUAAAGUAAGGCAGUACAUAUCUGUCAAUUGUUUAUAUUGCAAUUCGUAUUAUUUGUAUCUACGAUGACUGCACCCUUGAAAGUGUGCAUUGUUGGAUCGGGAAAUUGGGGUUCUGCAAUUGCCAGGAUUAUAGGCAGCAAUGUUCAGAGCAUGCAGAAGUUUGCGUCCACCAUAAAGAUGUGGGUCUUUGAGGAGACUGUUAAUGGGAGGAAGCUGACUGAAGUCAUCAACACAGACCACGAGAAUGUGAAGUACCUGCCAGGAUACAAACUACCAGAAAAUGUGGUGGCUGUCCCCGAGCUGCAGGAGGCUGCGAAGGACGCUGACCUGCUGGUGUUCGUGGUCCCGCACCAGUUCAUCGGAAGGCUCUGUGACCAGAUGGUGGGCUGUGUGUCUCAGAGAGCAGUCGGCAUCUCUCUGAUUAAGGGAAUAGAUGAAGGACCAAAUGGACUCAAAUUGAUUUCUGACAUAAUCCGAGAGAAAAUGGGAAUUGAUGUAAGCGUGUUAAUGGGAGCCAAUAUCGCCAAUGAAGUGGCAGCAGAGAAGUUUUGUGAAACUACCAUAGGCAGCAAAAACAUGGCGCAUGGCCUUCUGUUCAAAGAACUCCUGCAGACCCCAAACUUCCGCAUCACCGUGGUGGAUGAUGCAGACACUGUGGAACUGUGCGGGGCGCUAAAGAACAUAGUAGCUGUCGGAGCUGGGUUUUGCGACGGGCUCCGCUGUGGAGAUAACACAAAGGCAGCCGUCAUUCGCCUGGGCCUGAUGGAGAUGAUUGCGUUUGCGAAGAUCUUCAGUAAAGAGGGGUCCGUGUCUUCAGCCACCUUUCUGGAGAGCUGUGGCGUAGCUGAUCUCAUCACCACCUGCUACGGAGGACGGAACCGCAGGGUGGCUGAGGCCUUUGCAAAGACAGGGAAGAGUAUUGAGGAUCUCGAGCAGGAGAUUCUGAAUGGCCAGAAGCUCCAGGGACCGCAGACCUCUGCAGAGGUGUAUAACAUUCUGAAACAAAAGGGCCUUGUUGAGAAGUUUCCUCUGUUUACAUCUGUGUACCAGAUCUGCUAUGAGGGAAAGCCAGUGCAAGAAAUGAUUUCCUGUCUGCAGAGUCACCCUGAACACAUGUGACCUGCCAUCUUGAAUAACUGCUACAAUUCUAGUGCUGCUUGUGCAGUGAAGAAUGUUCAGUAGAAUCAGAUAUGUCAUAGCAGUGUUGUGUUUGUGUGUUUCUUUUGGCAGUGAUAGCUGAGCAUAACAUAUGUAGAUCACAGUAUCCCAGCAUUUUCUAACAUCAUUUUUUAUCAGUAUCAUAAAAUAUUUAUACCCUAAUUUGACUUUUUAUUUUAAAUAAUGUGACCAGAUUCUGUUAAAUACCGUAUUAUUUUUAAUAUGUUUUUUUAAAACUGUCCUUUUUCACUAUAUUGAAUAUGAGAUUACUACGAUGUUGAAAUAUUAUUUAACAACAAAAACGCAGCAAGACGCGCAAUAGGAGCAGUCAUAAUACUGCUUUGCAAGUAAUAGGGUGCUUCCACAACCCACCUCAACUUUCUUAGAGCUGUGUAUUGGACUUGUUAUCUAGAGUUCAGAGGUUACCAUAGACCCCUUUUGAGUCUUUUACAGGGUAGAAAUACCCUAGUUACUGCUGUCAUAGAUCGAUGGUCAUAUAAGUGGUUCUUUAAAAAGGAGCAUCAGUGUCAUGAAUGGAGGUGCUCAAUAGAGAACGACCAUUAACCACUGGUUGCACCCUCUCAGUUCCACUCCAUAUACACCCAAUAAAGCAUACAAGAAAUAUCGCAAUGUUUUACCUAUUAUGGAAUCAUGACAAAAGCAUGGGCUAGCUGCCUCUCUUCUCAGAGUAGAGAAGAGUAAACGCUAACCUUCAAAAUCAUGUGCUUAUUUCCUGAAUUAAUCAAAGUUACAGACGCACUGCUCUGUAUUUUAUGUGCUUGUUUUUGAAUGUUCUCAUCACUGGUUUCCAGGUUUUUAAAAUGCUUUCGUCAGACACUCUGGUUUCUUCUAUCAUUAGAGAUACCCAUUUGCAACAAGCUUUUUACAGCAUACACAAUACCGGUGUCAUUUUGAACAGCUGUGAAUUUAGAAGUGGCUGAUUAAAAGGAAGAAUCGGGGAAGGAGAAACGUGUUUUUCCUUUGUGCUAGACUGGACAAAGAAAAAUCAGGUUGCUGAAGGAAGUGGUCAUACUAUAGUAGCUUAUUAUGGGGUGCUCUUCUUAAAUCGCUGCUCAAUCAAUGCCUCAGUGUGGUGGUAGGGCUCUCUGUGUUAUAGGAGCUGUUAUCCUUCAGAUGAGGUGUUUAACUAAGGUGAAGUCUAUGUCAAGGAAAUUACAGAUAUUAACCGUUGCUAAUUCAGGUCAAUAAACUCUUGGUUGGCUAAUUUUCCACUAUAUACAAUUAUUCUCAUAUACAAGUCUCAUGUUCCUCAAUCCACAACUGUUAGUGAAUUUUAUUACGUCCUGUCCAGACUGGUGAUAAGGCAUAAUCAACACAUGUUGAAACCAUGUGAUUGUCAUUUUUUCCAUUCACAAUCACGUUACAUAAUGAUUCUGGAUUAUAUAGGUUGUGUGAAUAUUAGUUCAGGGCCACAAUGUCAUUAUUAAAAUUUAAAAUGUCACACUUUUGGCCUUCUGGGAUUUUUUUUAAAAUCGGCAGCCGAAGCAACAGGAUUUGUAGUUUUCUAAUUUCAUCCUCUGUGGGCUUUAGCACAGAAAUUGCACCCUCCCUUGCUUGUUCUCCUAUAAAGUAGUCUACGGAGGUCACCCAGGUUUCUAAAAAUCCAAACAACCUAAUCAGGUUCUCAGGUAAAGAGGUUUCACAGAACACAUCGGACUCUGAAUGGGCAGUUUAACUUCCUCAGGCUGAUGAAAUUCACUAUGCUGAAAUUAAAGGUACCGUAUGUAACAAAUACAAAAAAUGCAUUGGCUGUACAUACUUAAAGCUAAUGUCUUUUUGUUAUACAUGGGAACAGUGGUAGUAUUAGGUGUGGUUUUCUUUUUUGUUGUUUUUAAUAAGGUUUGUAAAACAACAGAAAGAACUGUAGGUUACUCAUUCUAGCUAAGGACUCACCAUAUCACCAUAUGCUUUGGGUUUAUCUUUAGUCAUACCCAGUUUUUAGCAAGAUUUACAAAUGAUUAUGCCUAUCCUAUAACAUCAUCUAGCAUCAAGUUAUGUCCUGUUUUUAUCCUUGGUAUAUCAUAUAUAUAUAUAUAUAUAUAUAUAUAUAUAUAUAUAUAUAUAUAAAAGGAUAUCUUAAGUACUGUAAGAACCAUACUUCUCGAUGUGAAUGUAUUUUACCUAGAAAGUUUAUUAUUGUGAUAAUGUUCAAACAGCACAGACCAGUUUCCGAUGCAAAUCAAGUAUCUGUUUUCAAUUUAUGUAAUCAUUUGUGCUUUUCUAGCUUGCUUUAAGUUGCCUUUCUAAAAAUACACUGAUGAAUGUAGUGCUGGGAACUAAUGUCACUUUAAUGUUUACUGUAUCAUGGCAUCAGAUUUGAUACUGUGAAUAUAAUCUACUCUAGUGGAAGGCAACUGAGGUCACGGAGGGUCAUUUCUUUACAGUUUUAGUAAAUAUCAUUAAAUGAUUUGUCGGUUCUUUAGACUUGGUCAUAGGUUUUAAUCGAGUCAAUAUAAUAAUUAACGACAUGGCUGUAAUAGAAAUCUGGGCUGGAAAGGUCGACGUUGCCUCCCCUUAUAGUAUUGAGAGAUACUCUACAUUUUUCAAUGCAUAAUAAAUGUUUUUAACUGUUUUAUUAAACUAAUACUUCCUGUUAAACACUUAAUGUGUGUUGUAAUAAAAGCUCACUGUUA